AUGAACUCGGUAGCUAAGCGAUUAAUUUAUACAAAUUAUGAUAUUGAUACUAGACAUUCUGUAAGACUAGCAGCAAAAAAGAAUUAUGUAAAUUUCAAGUUACCUAAAUAUACUAUAACUAUCUAUGAAUUAUCAUUUGUAGUUAUUUGCAUUCGUCUUUGGGAAGAAUUACCAAACGAUGUGAUAAAUGCUCCCAGUAUAGAAAUUUUUAAAAAUAAGCUUUAUGAUUACCUUUUUAAUCUAGACAUCUAA